AUGUUCAAUUAUUUUUUUAUUGUCUUUUUAUUUUUUUUUUUAUUGUUGUCAAAAUACAUAUUUUUUAAAAAAGUGUUUUUUCCUAUAUAUUCACAAAUUGUAAAAAGAGAUAAAUAUUUCUCCGUUAAAACGGUGAUAUUUUUCACUCUUCGACAAUGGUUUUAUACAUAUGCAGCAACAAUAGUAUUAAUAGUUUAUAAAGGUUUAUGCUUUUUUACAAUAAAAAAUAAAAAAAGAUUAUUUGGUACUCUAAACUUUUUGAAUAUACAAACAUUUAAUUUGAACGGCGUUGAUAAAGGAAGGUUCUGCAUAAAAGCGCCACAUUUAAAAACGAUUUUUAUCGAAAAUUCAAUGGAAGUCAUUUUUGAUAAAAUGUGCGAAUUUCAACAACUUGAAGUUGUCCAGGUGUGUAAGUCUUGUACAAUCAAAUUUAAAACAAAUUGCACAACAAAGGUGAAACGAAUUAUUUGCAGUGAAGCGACUUCAACUUCAAUUCAUAUGGAAAUUCCAGAGGUCCAGAAUGUUUCUAUUUCGCAGUGCACAACUCUGAAAAUAUCAAAAUUGAAACUUGAGAAGUUAAAUACUGAAAUUUAUAUAAGAAAUUCAAAUGUUAAAUUUGAUGGAUUUGAAUCUAAAAUUGAUAAAAUUGAAUUCUACUACAGUGAAAACAAAAAUGAUGUAUUUAGAAACGACUGCAAUGAAUUUUGUGGGCUGUCUAAAUUUGUACCAAUGUCGCUAGGCUCUGUAGUUACCAAGAACAUUAUCACUCAAAGUGAGUACCACAAAGACUUAGAUUAUGAGAUGUUAAUUUCGUCUUAUUUUUGGGACAAGAUGGGUUAUACACAAAACAUUUCGUAUAUCAACUCGACUGGAAAGUACGAGAACUAUAAUUCCAAUGACUUAAAAUAUUUUGAGAUCAGUGUAGAAGGACUUAGUUGUGUGUCAUUAGGAGUCGUUUCAAGUACAUACUAUUUGUUUAAGUAUUUAAUGGUGGGGUGGGGGACUCCUUCUAUUGGAAUGGAUUCUAGUGAUGGAUCCUUUUAUUAUAACGGCAAUGAAAUUGAAAAUGAGGAACAAGUGACGUUUGGAUUAGUACUUGGUAAAGUGGAUAUUGCCGGGUGUGGUUUUAUUAAAAGCACUAAUGAAGUCUUCUUCACUGUCAAUGGAAAAUUAAUAAAAAAAAGUAAAAAUAGACUUUUCGGAUUUGUCUGCUGCUAUCUCAUACAGACAAACAAAUCCAAUUAUGGUCAACUACGGCAAAGAACCAUUUAUUUACAAUUUGUCGUCUUUGAAUAUAAAUCAAAACUAAUUUAA